AUGUCGAACGCUGAGCUGGCUUCCUCUUACGCCGCCCUCAUCCUCGCCGAUGACGGUGUCGAGAUCACUGCCGACAAGCUCCAGACCCUGAUCAAGGCUGCCAAGAUCACUGAUGUCGAGCCCAUCUGGACCUCCCUGUUCGCCAAGGCUCUUGAGGGCAAGGACGUGAAGGAGCUCCUCUCGAACAUUGGCUCCGGUGGUGGUGCUGCCGCCGCUGGCCCUGCUGCCGGUGGCGCCGCUGCCGCUGGUGGUGAGGCUGAGGCCGCCGCCGAGGAGAAGGAGGAGGAGAAGGAGGAGUCCGACGAGGACAUGGGAUUCGGUCUGUUCGACUAA